UCGAAUUCGCUCAAACUCUCUCUCUCACAAAUUCACAAUCUAGCAAUGGCGCUUUCUGCAGCAUUCAAGGAGAGACUCGAUCAAAUGGAGUUCACCAGAAACCAACGACUCGAUCUUCUCCAGGCGGAGAAAGAGUUACAAGUGAACAAAUCACAGAUUUUAGCAACGAAGCAGCAAAAUAUACAAUCCAUAGAACGCAGAUGUUUGAUGUUAGAGCAAAAAAUAGCUUCACAAAAUCUCAAGAUCACAGUUCUCAGAACUAACAUUGAAGAUCUCGAUUCCAAAUACCAGAACUCCAUACAUCAAUUGAGGACACUGAAGAGCGAGGUUGAAGAGCUGAAAGAGUUAGAUGAAGAGAGGGAGAAGUACUACAAGGUGAAGCGCUUAGAGAUGAAUGAGUUUAUGCAAAACGUUGAGUGGUUUAGAUCAGAGAACCGGUUUCAAAUCGAGAACCUGAGAAACCGAAUCAGAGAGCUUAAAUCAACGUUUGAAGAAAUUCAUGAGAAGAACAAUUAUCUGCAGAAUACAAGUUAAGGUAUGAUCUGUUUCUAAAUCACCUAAUCAUCAUGAAGAAAGAUGUAUUGUGGCAAUUGCAGAGAAAAGCCCUUUUAUAUGACGUUACCAUAUGAUUGUAUGAUAUGAUGAUGAAUGAACCAGUGUAGUUAGUUACAGAACAACAGAAAGCAAACUUCCUUAUUGAUUACUUUAACCAUGUUACCACCAUUAGUCAAUCAAGAACAUGGUUCCUACAGAUUACAAAGUCCAAAGGGGUUUAGGGUUCGAUUGAGCAACAGGAGUACACUUAAGGUGAUGAGCCAAGGUUAGGUUCAGUCCUCCAACUGUCUCUUCCAUGUCAACCUUGUUGUCUUCAUUGAUUCUCUAGUCAAAGCAGUGAACUAUCAUUCAACCAA